AUGGCUUUCACACUAGAUAAGUGUGAAGAUAAUAUAGUGUUCACUAUGGAGUCUCAGAAGCCAGUGCCUGCUCCAUUCUUAACAAAGACAUACCAGCUUGUUGAUGAUCCUCGCACUAACCACAUUGUGUCUUGGAGUGAUGAUGAAACUACAUUUAUUGUGUGGAGGCCCCCUGAAUUUGCUAGAGAUCUUCUUCCAAACUAUUUCAAGCACAACAACUUCUCAAGCUUUGUUAGGCAGCUAAAUACCUAUGGUUUCAAGAAGGUAGUUGCUGAUAGGUGGGAGUUUGCAAAUGAAUACUUCAGAAAAGGAGCUCAGCACCUUUUAUGUGAAAUCCAAAGGAGAAAAACCCCUCAGCAACAUUACCAUGAUCAACAACAACAACAUCUUCAGCCAGAUGAAAGUCUCUGUUGGAUUGAUACCCCAUCACCAUCUCCAAAAUCAGGCACAGAUAUAUUAACAGCACUUUCUGAGGAUAAUCAAAGACUAAGGAGAAAGAACUUCAUGCUCUUAUCAGAACUCACUCACAUGAAGAAUCUGUACAAUGACAUUAUAUAUUUCAUCCAAAACCAUGUAAACCCUGCUUCCUUUGAACAAAGAAACAGCAGUGCUAUCCUGAAGCUUGUAGAAUUGGAUUCAUCACCUCAAGCACCAAAUGUUAUUAGACCAGCUAAGAGUUGUAUUAUGGAGAAGUCUUUGAUAACUUCUUAUGAGGAGUCUAAUAGUACUCUGAAGCUUUUUGGGGUUCCUCUUUGUGGCAAAAAGAGAUUACAUCCAGAUCAACAAGAAUAA